GGUUUAUCUAGUUAAAGUAGUUCAAUUGUACCAUAAAAAAUUUUGUAAAGAAAAAUAUAAUUUAAAAAUUAUGGCAGAUAUUUUAUUAAAUAAGAUAAUAAACGAAGAACUUAAUAUAAAUCUCUUCAUUAAAUGGCUUGAGUGUGAAGUACCAGAGAAUGAUCUUUAUAAUGAAAUUUUGAUUGAAAAAGUAGCUAAGAUAGAUUUUAUUACUUACUUUAUUAAUUUUAUCCAUGAUCAAUCUUGUACAAGUAAAUGCAAUGACCUGCUUCAAAGGAAUAACACACCAAAGCGAAUACAAAAGACUCAAUCUCGACCUUUGCAAACAUCUAAGAGCAAAAAUAUACAACAUAAUUUAUUUCCUCCUAAUGAAAAACCUGUCUCAAAUUUUAAUAAUCAUAGUACGCCAGAAUCAUCUAAAAAACCAGACAAUACUGUAAAAAGAACCGAGUGUUAUUUAAGCCCGAUAUCUCCACUAUAUCAAGAUAACAGUAGUUUUUUGAAAAACAAUAUCACUUUAAAUGGAAGUCAGAAAUCUGCUGAUAAGUACUCAUUGUGUUUGGGAGAUUUUAUAACACAUAAUCCUAAAAAAAUAAAAAAGAAAAAGUUACCACAAGUUUCAGGCGAAGAGAAAAAAGAGGCACCGAGAAGAAUUAAACCUACAACUAUUAAUAUUAAAGAACAGGACCAUGGGUUUAAAAAUGUUGGGAACAGUUUUAAUUUUGAAAAAAACAAUACUGAAGUGGCAGCUUGCACUAUUGAAGAGCAAAGAAAUAUGUUAAUUGCAGAAAAAGAUAAAGUACUAUCUAAUAAAAGUGUUACAGAUCAAGCUUACCCAAUUGUACUAAGACGGCUUAGUGGUACUUAUACAGUAAUUCAGCCAACACUUGCCAAAGUUACAUUGAAUAAGGAAAUUGAUUAUAUCAUUAAGAUUUAUCAGUUUAUUCUCAACAACCAGUUAAUAUUAAAUAUGACCAGUGAAAUAUAUUUUCUCAUAUCCUUAUUAUUAAUCGAUAAAGUUGAUUCAAAAGAAAACUCAACAUUGCCUUUAGAUGAUAGCAAUUUAGGAAUUGAUUUUUUAGAUCAGCCAAAUAAAGAACAUAGUAAAAUUUUAAAUAUAAAGUUGUACAAUACUCAACUCUUUGAGUCAAUACAUAAUAUUGUAUAUUUUGCUACAAAGUGUUUAGAAUUGCAGGUGGCAGUAAUUAAAUUUUAUGACAAAAGCACUUUAGAACUAUUAGCUAAUAACAGAAGAAUCCAAGAAUUUUCACCAUCUUUCUCUAAAAAAUUAUUGGCAUCGGUUAGUCAUAAAACAGAAAAACCCUAUAAUGAAAUUAUUACACUUCCAUCUCAGAGUAAUGUUUGUUUUAACAUUGAUACUGACAACAGGGAUAAUUUCUCUGAUGAUAAAGGUUUUCAUGCUUUUCGUAAACAAAGAGACUUAUUUUAUGAAAUCCUUCGGAUUUGGGAAAAUAAUCAUCUGUUGCCUGAUUGGAGUUACGGCAUGGGGCUCAGUGGAAGAAUUAGGACAUUAUUCAGUCUAAGUACUGAUCCUGUUAGUUAUAUUCAUUUAGCAAGGCUGUUUAAAAAUCAGUUACUUAUUAGUUGUUCUAAAGGGCCUAAAGAGAAAGGUGUAUCUGAAAGAGGUCUUAGUUUUUUCCCUUCACUUUCAAUCAACCCUAAUAAACUAAAUCAAUUGACAAAUAGACUAAUAAUGAAAGAAUCAACAAAUGGGAUAAAUUCCCUGCCUAGUUUCACAGGGUAUCAAGAAUUUUAUAAAGAUUUUAUUGUUGUGUCUGCUAGUCAUUGUUUUAAUAAACAUUUGUCUGAUAUUCUUGCAUCGGACAUUAUAGAACUGAAUGAAACAAAGUUCUGGGUAGCAGAUUUAAACAAAAUUAAAGAUGUUGAUUCAAAAACUAGAAAACAAUAUAUUAGCUGUAUUAAAAACUUGAGAUUGUUGGCUAAGUUUCUUGGUUUCAUUGAAUCUUUGCCAUAUAAGUCAGACAGCAUGUUGCUGUCAAAGAAUGCAUUUGAAGUACAGUUAAAAAUCAGAAGUCAGUGUAAUCCUUUACUAGAUGUCAAGAGCAUGCUUAGGAAGGCAAUAUCUGAAAAAAAGUUAGUUUUAUUAAUACCCUGGCUUACAAAAUAUUUAUCAAUGCUUGAUCAAGUCAGUUUGAGAUUACCUUAUUAUGCUGCCUUACACCAAAUGCUUUUUGAACUUUACCUUAAGUCACAUUUUGAUAGAGGAAAUAGUUACAGCAUUGCUAUUAUGAAAUUUUGUUUGGGAUGGUUAUUUGAACUGCCCCAUUUUCCUGACUCUGAUUAUUUUUCAUUUUGCUCAAAACAAGUGUUUACCAAAACUGAAUUUGAUUCAGAAAUUCUAAUGAGGAGUAACGGUCAUGAACCUAAGGAAGAUACGAAUUUGGAUAGUUUAAAACUUGUCAAUGAAAGCGUUCUGUAUGUUUGUUGUCCAUAUUUAGAAGAGAUUAGAAAAUUGUUGUCUAGUUCUGGAGGAAAAGUUUCUGUAAAAUAUAUUACUCCUGUGACGGCUGUAGAAUCAAACUCUGAAUUAUUAAAAAAGAAAUUAGAGAAUCAAUUAGAAGAAGCUUUUUUUAAUGGCCAACCAUCGUCUUUACGAAAAACUGUCGAAUUUGUUAGCGAGAGAGUAGCUUCAGCUGCUGUAAAACAUAUUUGUAACGACAUGGUUCCAAAAGCUAAAUCUAAAGUCUUGAGCGAUUUUGGAGAGCAUAUAUCAAAAGAAAAUAUUAAGGAGGAGAACGCUGACAUGCUUGAAUAUAAAAAUGUUUUAAAGAAAAAGGCUUCAUCAUUUGUUGAGGGCUUCGUGAGGGAUUUUUUGCGGGAUUGUAAUGAAGCAAUGUAUGAAAUAGCAGAGAAAAAGAUUCAUGGAUGUAUAGACAACCUUCUUCCACUAGAUGCGUUAGAAGAAAUUAAAAAUGUUUGUGUUGGAUUUACUUACAAAAUGUAUGUUGAAAGGGUGAAGCAAUGGCUGGCGACACAUGUUUCUUCUAGCAUCUUUUUGAAAGAGUUAGAAAACGAUAUUCAAAAGGGGACCACUGGAAGGAGAAUAGAAAAAGAUAAGGCAAACUUUACUUUGCCCCCUGGUGGUAGAAGUUGUCCUCACAAUGAGAGUACCCUAAGUGGCUGUCAUAUUCUUAAUUUACUAAGGGAAGCAUGUUGUGAAGUUAUUGAAUAUGAAACUAUUACAGUGGAUGUGGUUUUGAAUUUGUUAGAUCAAAUAUACAUAAGUUUAACAAGGAGAAAUGACAUAAAUGAUAUGAUGAUAGAAAUUAUACACUAUACAUUAUUUGAUCUUUGUUUAUUGUUGGUGUCGCAUUGUUCUGCUAUGUUUAAGCACAGUGGCGUCAUGGAAAAUAUGUUAAAGGUUUGGAAAUGCGAGUUUGGAAGAUCAAGUACUAUUUUUAAGAAUCUUUUUUGUGUGAAAAACAUAACUAUUCUUCAGAGCUCCAAAGUACAAUGCAACGCGUGGGAUACUUAUGCAAAAGUAGUUUCAUAUCUUGUUGACAAGGAAUUAAUCAUAGAAAAUGAUUUAGAAUUCCAAUGCACUAGUUUUUAUCAAAGAGAUUGGGAUGAGGACACACUUGAAAAGUUUUCAAGAUUUAUUAAACAAUAUUUAAGUUGUAGAAAAUGCAACGAAACAGACGAUAAAUUUGCGAUGCUCUUAAGUUUUUUAUCUGAUUUUUGUGUUGAUUUCUUCGACAGACUGUAGACCUGAAAAUAUAUGGUUUUAAUAUCAUCU